GUUUCUUACUUUGCUUGGUGUUAGGGUUUUGUCUCUUUGUUUGUUGAUGAAGAGCUCUAUUCGAAUUCAAAUUUUCUUUUGAUGUUUGGUGCUUACUAGUGGGGAUGGAAAUGAGUGGUUUGGGAAGAAAACGUCUUUCAAAGUGGGACUCUAAGGAAGAUACACACCAUCAUCAUUCUAGUGUAAAUGCAAACUCGGGUUCUUAUUACCGCGACAAAGAGUCUGAGCCUGUUCGGUUCAAUGACGAGACUAAUGGUGAAGCUAGGACUAGAAGCAGAGUUUCACAGAAUAACGAUAACAGUUAUUUUUCUGAACAGGAUGAUACUAGGCAACAAUUUUUCCCUAGGAGUGGAAGUAAAAGUAAUAGCAGGAGUAGAAGCCGUAGUAGAAGCCCAGUCUAUAGAGGUAGACGAGAUGCGGGAUCUUAUGAUAGACACAAGACAAGAACACAAGUUUCUCCUACGCCAAUGAGGGAGUUCAAUAAAAGAGGCAGUGAUCAUCAGUUUGAUCAAAGAAGUGAUUAUGGUUGGGAAGAUAACAUUAGAAAGCCAAGGGAGACGAAAUAUCACACCGAUGAUUUCAGAGAAGAGGCGAUGAUGGAAGGUGCGAGGUCUUCUGACUAUAAUACUGAUUAUCCCGAGGAUAAUUCGAGAAGGGGGCAUUUACAUGAUGGCGGUUUAGACCCGAGAAUGAGAAGGGGAAGAAGCGAUUUUACGGGCGAGAAAGAAACACAAAGAAGGGAUGGUGAUGGUGAAGGAGGAUUCCACAGGAGUUCGAAUAUUCCGUGCAAGUUUUUCGCUGCGGGGACGGGGUUCUGUCGUAAUGGCAAUUAUUGCAGGUUUUCUCAUCAUGUUGCUGAUAGAAAACAGCCUCAAGACAACAACUUUUAUAGACAGGACAAAAACAAUCAUAGUAGUGGUCAUAAUAAAUGGAAUGAUGUUGAAAGAUUGGACAAUGGAAGAGUAGGUAGAAUCGAAGUUUCUCGCGCCAGUAAGGGAGUUUCUGAAUCUAAAGGGAAUGGUAGUAGCUGGAUUGAUGACAUGGAGAUGUCUCCUGAUUGGAAUUAUGGAGUCCAAGCUUUAAAGAAGCCUGUGAAGGAAGAACAUGGUGUUGGUAUUAUUGGUCAGAGUUCACAAUCUCGAGUUCUUAAAGAUAAUUUGGUGACUAAUUAUGAUUCGAGAAGUAGUGGUAUGUUUUCACAUGGUGACAAAACUAUCGCUGAGAAACCUAUAGCUGCUUCACAUCAGAGUUACAGUAAUUUAGUGAAUGUUGCUCCAGUUCAAACAUUUAAUCAGAAUCAUAAUGUAUUGCCGUACCAAAGAUCACUAACUGCUGGAGGAAGUCAACAAGUGCUAGCUACUGCUUCUGCUGCUGCUCAAGAUUUCUCAGUAGGCUUGAACUUGAGCAAUCUUGAGAGUGGAAAAGUUUAUCAAGAUAAUCAUCACUCAACGGUGGAGAAACCUGUUUUGGUUCAAAAUACAGUAAGUAGGGAACAAAUCGAUCAGAUUACCAACAUCUCAGCAACUAUAGCGCAGUUUCUUGCAAAUGGGCAGCCUAUUCCACAGCUUGAACAGGCAUUAAAGAUGCCGCUGCAUUCAGAAUCUUCCGUGGCUGUUCAACCAAAUCAGGCUACUCCUCAAAGUAAUCCAGUGAGUAGUAAUCCAAAUCAGCUAUGGGGACUAGGGAUGGGCACUGACGCUGAAGGAGUCUCAGCGGUUACUGCAUCAAAGGUAAGCAAUGUCGAUGGGAUUCAGGAACUAUCGCUAAAUCCCAAGGAAAACGGGGACAAAAAGACUGAUGAAGCUAGCAAGGAAGUAGAGGGUAAGAAAAUUGGAGAAGACACUAAUGAUGCUGAGAACGUCGUGGAUGAAGAUGAAGAUGGUGAUGAUGAUGGGAGCGACGAAGAAAACAAGAAAGAGAAAGACCCGAAAGGAAUGCGGGCGUUUAAGUUUGCGCUAGUUGAGGUAGUAAAGGAGCUUCUAAAACCAGCUUGGAAAGAAGGUAAGCUGAACAAAGAUGGUUACAAAAACAUAGUGAAGAAGGUAGCUGAGAAAGUGACUGGUACAAUGCAAAGUGGAAACGUUCCUCAAACACAGGAGAAGAUUGACCAUUAUCUAUCCGCUUCGAAACCAAAACUUACCAAGCUCGUUCAGGCAUAUAUCAGCAAAAUCAAGAAGACAUAAUUUGAAUUGGACUCCCAUGUUUCAUCUCUUUCCAUCAUCAUCAUAAACCUUGAGAGCUGAAGUGGAAAAUGUUGUUAACUUUAUACUUACCUGCUUAAUCUUUAGAGGAAGAUUAGAAGACCAGGUGAUGAUUUGUUGUCCCCAUUAUUUUCAGUUGUGUAGAUAUACCAGUAGAGAGAUUUUGUCCCAAUUCUUUUUUCUUCAUUUUCGACAUAAAUGAUAAGGUCCAGU